AAAUCUCCCUUCCGAAAACUUGCGUUACGACUGGGUACGAGUAAGUGACGCCAGUAAAGAUAUUCCAGCACGCGUCAAAAUAAAUUCACCGCGAAAACAAGCUUCCUCCUCAGCUCACAAAUCGAAAAGGUGAAGGUAUCAACAAUGCAGUCACUUGCCCAAGCUAGUCGCAUUGUGGCUUCUUGUCGACUCGCUGCCGCAAGAGCCAUAAGUGGUACUGCGUCUUCAAAAAAAGCCACCCCUUCUCAGACAGGUUUCCAAGGUUUGAAUGCUGGUUUCUUCUGGGAUGACAAGCAUGGUUUUGGGUAUGGAAAAAAUGGAGAGGUUAUUCUUGUAAUGCCAAAUGAAAAACUCAACAUCAAAAUACCAGGAGAAGCCAACUCCAAUGUGGAGACUCAGUCCUUUAUAGAGGCAUCUGUAGAGACCUUCACAGAAAACAUGUUGGCAAGUGAGGACAGAGAGGAUCAAAAGGAGAAAUUACCGGGUUCUUGCUGAAAAUUAUCUUCAUAUUUUAGUUAUGUUAAGCUACAGGCUGUAGCAAUUUGAGAUUAAAGUGUUUUUAGGAACAGAAUGUUACCAAGAGUUAAUGGUAAGCAGAAAAGGAAUAGAAAGACAAGAAAUAGAAAUUCCCCAUUUCAAGAGUCUAAGAAAAUUUAGGAAAUUUAUUACAUUGGGGAAAUUCAGCAGACUCAUAGUGUGGCGAUAGACUUUUAUAUCUGUUUGUUUUAUAUUAACUGCAGCAUACUAGCUGUGUCUUUAUUUAUUUUACGUAAAUGUUGUAUCAGACACUUAGUUCGGCAUUUUAAAGGGUGUGUGUCUGUUGGGGAAAGGUGUGAGGGGAUAGAUAGAAUUGGGUUGUGUCAUAUGUGAGUGGCUGUGAAAAGCAUUGAAUAUUUAACAGACAUGGAAUCCAAGAUUGCAUUUGCCUAUUGCUGCUUAUACAUAAGAAGCUUUUUACAUAAAUAUAGUUUAUUUUAAUUUAUUCGUGAAGUUGAAUUAAAGUUUCUUUUUUAA